AUGCCUCCCAUCAUCCAUUGCGUUCGCCAUGCUCAGGGCUUCCACAAUCUCAGUGCAGAGAACUUUGUUCUUCCCGAUCCUACCCUUACAGACCUCGGCCAUGCGCAAUGCCGCAAGCUGCAAGAGGACUUCCCAUACCACACCCAGAUUGAUCUGGUGACCGCAUCGCCGCUGCAUCGCACAAUUGACACUGCUCUCAAGAGCUUUGAACCUGUUUUCGCCACUCACCCUGAAAUGAAACUUAUUGCCCUGUCAGAUUUGCAAGAGACAUCAGAUCUUCCUUGCGAUACAGGUACUGAUCCUUCGGAUCUACGAGAGGAGUAUGCGGACAAGCCCGUUAACUUGAAUUUAGUUCGAGAGGGUUGGAACAGUAACACUGGCCGCUACGCGGCAACCAACGAGGCCAUUGAUGAGCGCGCACGCGACGCCCGCCUUUGGCUAAAAGCCCGUCCUGAGAAGGAGAUUAUUGUUGUUACUCACGGAAGUCUUUUGCAUUAUCUCACUCAAGAUUGGGAGGACAGCACUUUAUAUCAUGGUACUGGCUGGAAGAAUACGGAAUGGCGAUCUUACGAAUUCGUCGAAGAGAUUGACAAAUAUGAUUUGCAGGGAAGGCUAUUGGAGGGCGAGAACGCUACCGUUGUUGAGACUCUUGAAUCGCGGAAGCGUCGUGGAAAGGAGGGCCGGACUUUAGACCGUGAGCAGCAGAGAAUUCUUUACAAGCGUGGCACUCAGGGCUGGAGUGAUCAGUAUGCCGCUGAGGCAGAGGCUAUUGCGGAGAAGUAA